UCGUCGGCCUUCGAUUUGCCGCUAUUUAUGCCAUUAUCCGCUGUCGUAGAUUUCGCUGGCGAGUUUCGUUGCCGUUUGAGUCUAUUUUCGUUUUUCGCCAGCGCAUCAUAUCUCUAUUCUCUACCGUUGUACGUACCAUCUUCGAUCAGUCGUCGUCGUCGUUCGCCAGUGGUUUGGUGGGUUCGCCGAGUCUACGUAAGCUCACCCAAGGAGCCCGAAUAAUAGCAAUAUUUACCAUUGCCCACCGAUCAUGUCGAAUCAGAAGGAUAUUGCCGGUCAAUCGGGAUCCAUGCACCGGACACAAGACUUCAAAGAGACAGUAUUUUCUAAUAAUAACAGCAAAAAACAUAUGAAUUCUCUUAAUUCUACUGUGCUUAUGAACAAAGUUCCUAAGCUGAGUGAAUAUUUUAAUAGUCAUAAUCAAAGAGACAAAUCUUCUACUUUUGGCCAAAGUAUACCACCGUCCUCAGUAAGAAAAAAUGUUGGUUCAAAGGAUAACAGUGUGGAAUCAAAUCCUGUUGGUUCACUACAAGAAUUAUGCAURGUCCAUAAUUAUCCAUUUCCCAUUUACACUUUUUCUAAUGAAAACUUGGAAAACCCCAAUGCAAAGUUUACAGCGAUGUGUUUCAUAUCUAUUUACGAAUCCUUAGGCACAGGUGUAACAAAGCAGGGAGCUAAAAGAGUAGCAGCUUAUGAAAUGUAUAAGCAAAUGGAAAAAUUGAUAUCAAACGCUUCCUUUUGUUUUGUUGGCAAUGAAUGCGAAUUUAAAAAGGAGACUUCUAACCAUGCUUCUUAUUUGUGUCAUGAAUCGAUGACUAUUUUGAAAACCUUUUUUGAUGUAAAAAGUGCACCCAAAAAAACACAUUUACUUAACAUAGAGAAAAAUUCAAAUGAAUUCAAGUGGACAGCUUAUGAUACUUUCAAAAAAAUUUUGGAAAAAGAAUACCUCACUUUUGAAUGUGCUGUGAUUUCUAGAAAUUAUGGUAUUAAAUUUAUUUAA